AUGGGCAGAACAUCUCCGCAGGGGUUGACGGCCCAAGACUUCCAUCACCAGCCCUAUGUCAAUCCUAUCGACGUCUUCCCGCCCAAGUCACGCCUCGCACAUCGGGCGCAGAAUUACAGAUCACCGAUAAGGGGCCAGGUCCCAGCGAGGAGCCCGUCACGGUUUUCCGCAGAAGCUCAUAAAUUUACUUGUUGCGGCGAGGACGACGAGUCUUCCUUCCAGCCGUCCAACGCCCUUAACUGCUGUGUCGACUACGAACACGACAGUGCUGACAUUGUCGAUUUUGACGAGGUUGCCAAUGACCUUGCACCCUGCUGUGAUGAACCUCACCAUACCUCCCCCAGUCCGAUGGACUGUGAGGAUUGUGUUGACGACUGCGAGGACUGUGUCGAGGAGCAUCUGAAAGCAAACCAACACGUCGGCGACUAUGUCGACGAUUGCGAGGAAUGUAACGAGGAAAAUGAUGCCAAGUGCUCCGAAGGCGCUUUGUGUCAAGGCACCUGCGACGAGUGUGAUUUCUCUUGCUUUGACUGCAUUGACUGGAGUCAGUUUGAACGGGAUAAAACUCUGGGUCUCUCAUUCUCGGUCCCACUACUGGAUGAGAAUGCCUUGAUGGCCCCGGACCUACAAUUUGACGAGGCAGACGCUCCCACUUUCCGAGCUUUCGAACUCCCUAACGGCCAGCCCGAUGUUGUCGCACAUCCACUGGACGUCCCUAUGCACCACCAGUGCUUCGAUAACACCAUCCCCUUCUGGACCAACAUAGCUCAGGAGCAGAUUUGCACGGGCAACCCCGGACUAAAUCAACAGCUCCCGUUACCACCAUUUAGACCGAAUUUUGGAUGUCAUCCAGCCGCCGCUCAUCAGCGCACAUCUCUACCCGAGUUCCCGGUAUCUGAACCGAUGAAUCUUAGCACAACUUCCAGCCUACAGCCCAAAGCACUCCUUACUGCUGCUGCUCUCAAGGACCCAUUGAACAACACACAAGAUCUUUUAAGUGCCGUUACUUCCCCCGAGACCUCUCGAGCCUGCCAAUGGCUGAUGCCUUGCGGCACUGUUUGUGGCGCCUCCUUCGCCACUGGCACCGACCUCAAGAAGCAUUUAAAGUCCGUUCAUUUGGUCAAAGGCGUGACGAAAUGCCAGUGGCAGAACUGUGACUCUCCAAACUUUGCUUCCGAAGCUGCGCUGACGGGCCACAUCUCGAAGAAGCAUCUCGCCUCGUUUCUUACCACGUUUCCUUCAACAUCUUCGUCUUCCGCCUCCGCGGCAGGUCAUCGACACCAGCACCUUCACAAAUCAGAAGGCCCGUUCAAGUGCACAUUCCCUUCGUGCCCGAAAUCGUUCAUGUACAAGCAAGUCCGCGACGAGCACGUCGCGACCCACCACAACGGCAAUAAGAUGUACUGCCAUAUCUGCCACACGUUCCUGAACGGCGAAGGCUCGAAUUUCAAGAGGCACAUGGCCACGCACAGGCCCAAGCAUCAACACACGCUGUGCAAAUACCACGGGCUGGGCUGUAAGAGGCGAUUUCCCAGGCUGGACAACCUGAGGAGACACGAGGCGUGCUGUAAGUUUGGAAAAGGACUGAAAGCCAAAAGCAUGGACAGUGCCGACGGCCAACACCACCACCACAACCACCAUCAUCACCCUCACGCUUGA